AUGGUAGCCUCGACGGAAGACGGUAAACAGGGAGAGCGGGAGGUGAGUGGAGGCGAGAAGGGUAAGGAGCACGAUGAGGGGAAGAUGGACGCGUGCACCCGACGGCCUAGAAACAUCACGUCACGCUUCCCAACUCGCUCAUCCUCCCCGCUCUCCCCUCAUCCUCCCCACUCUCCCCUCAUCUUCCUCGCUUUCCCCUCAUUCCCCCGCUCUUCCCUUUUCACCCCGCGCUCCCCUCAUCUCCCCGCUCUCCCCCUCAUCUUCCCUGCGCUCCCGUCAUUCCCCCCUUUCUCCCUUCAUCCAACCAGCCCCCCCUUCAUAUCACUGCCGCGCUCUAUUGUUUUCUUCCUUCACGCCCACCCUCAUCUCCCCUUGUCUCACUCCGUUCCCCCUCUCUCCCUAUCCUCCUCCGUUCCCCGCUUUCAGAUGCACCCCUCAUCCCCUUCCCCCUCCCAUACCUCAACUUCCCCCCUGGUGAUGCCUCGUCUCCCCCCACCCCUCCUCCUCCCCCCCCCUCCCCAUCCACCCUUCAACUCCCUCCCCUCUCCUACCACCGCCCCCUCAUUUCCCUCAUCUCUCACACCCCCCUUCACUCUUCCACAACCCAGCCACUCAAGUGGGUGA